CGUUUACUUUUCAAACCUUAAAGAAUGGAUGGACAAUUUCGUAAAAUAUCAAUCAAAACAGAAAGUGCUAUUUAAACACCACCACCACCAUAAUCGCUCCCACACGCGCCGGAGAUGAGAUAGAGAGCUCUAAUUCCCGGCGAAAACUCUCACCUGAAUUGAAUUGAAUUGAAUAUCUGGUUCUAGAGAGAGAAAGCUAUAUACAUAUACAUAUAUAUAGAGAGUGAUAAGGAGGGUUGAACAUGGGUUCGGAGUUGAUCUUCAGGGGUCACGAGACCCAACCCAUGUCCGAUUCGUACUCGCCGAAGCGACCCAAGCCAUGGGCCACUGUGAUUCGUCCGAUUCGAUACAUGCUCCGCGAGCAGCGACUACUCUUCGUCCUCGUCGGCAUUGCAAUCGCCACUCUCGUCUUCACCGUCCUUCCCUCGUCUCGCAACCCUUACAUUCACGGCCACAUCGCGCUCUCCGAACCGUACUUCACCUCCGAGUCGACUCACCACCAACUCCCUCUCCACAGAGUGAAGGUGACCCACCAGAACCAAGUCGGAUUCGGGUUGGUGAAUCUGGGCGGGAAGAUCCCUCUGGGUCUGAAACGAAAGGGUCUGAGGAUCGUGGUGACCGGUGGGGCCGGGUUCGUCGGGAGCCACCUUGUGGACCGUCUGAUUGCGAGAGGGGACAGCGUGAUCGUCGUCGACAAUUUCUUCACGGGCCGGAAGGAGAACGUGAUGCACCAUUUUGGGAACCCUAGGUUCGAGCUCAUCCGACACGACGUCGUUGAGCCACUCCUACUGGAGGUCGAUCAGAUCUACCAUCUCGCUUGCCCUGCCUCUCCUGUUCACUACAAGUUCAAUCCUGUCAAGACCAUUAAGACGAAUGUGGUGGGGACUCUGAACAUGCUUGGACUGGCCAAGAGGGUCGGUGCGCGGUUCCUGCUAACGAGCACCAGUGAGGUGUAUGGUGAUCCUCUGCAACACCCCCAGGUCGAGACUUACUGGGGCAACGUCAAUCCCAUCGGUGUCCGAAGUUGCUACGACGAGGGAAAGCGAACCGCUGAAACGUUGACCAUGGACUACCAUAGAGGUGCUGGAGUUGAGGUGAGGAUUGCUAGGAUUUUCAACACUUAUGGGCCUCGGAUGUGCAUUGAUGAUGGUCGUGUUGUCAGCAACUUUGUUGCUCAGGCCCUAAGGAAGGAGCCAUUGACAGUUUACGGUGACGGAAAGCAAACAAGGAGUUUCCAAUAUGUUUCUGAUUUGGUGGAGGGCCUAAUGCGCCUGAUGGAAGGAGAACACGUGGGACCUUUUAAUCUAGGGAAUCCGGGUGAAUUCACCAUGCUUGAACUUGCUCAGGUGGUGCAGGAAACAAUUGACCCGAACGCGAAGAUAGAAUUCAGACCCAACACAGAGGAUGAUCCACACAAGAGGAAGCCUGAUAUCACGAAGGCUAAAGAUCUGCUUGGUUGGGAACCAAAGGUGUCCCUUCGCAAGGGUCUCCCUCUAAUGGUCACAGACUUCCGGCAACGUGUCUUUGGCGACCAUAAAGAAGACAGUUCAUCGACCACCAAGUCCUCAGCUUAAGGAUGGCAUAUAAUUUUAAAAGUGAGAAAGCCAGAGCCAAGAACCAACUAAUACAUCAGGGGCUAUAGUUGCCCAUUUGUUCUUGUUUUUUUUAUGAGUAGCUUUUAGCUUCUUCCCUUUUUCGCAUUUUUUGUUGUAUUUUUUCGGUUUAUCAUCCCUUUUAAACAGCAAGCUUGGCAGUUUUAAAAGUCUAUUUUUCAUGGAA